AUGAGCGCUAUCACUCUCACCAGCUCCGAUGGAGUUGACAUCUCUGUUGAGCGCACCACUGCUGAGCGCUCCGUCCUGAUCAAGAAUAUGCUUGAGGACCUUGGCGACUCUGGAGAGGCCAUUCCCAUCCCCAACGUUAACGAGGCCGUCCUCAAGAAGGUCAUUGAGUGGUGCGAACACCACAAGAGCGACCCCCCCAGCGCCAACGAUGACGAUGACAACCGUCGCAAGACUACCGACAUUGAUGAGUGGGACCAGAAGUUUAUGCAGGUCGACCAGGAGAUGCUCUUCGAGAUCAUCCUCGCCGCCAAUUACCUGGAUAUCAAGGCUCUCCUUGACGUCGGCUGUAAGACCGUCGCUAACAUGAUUAAGGGCAAGUCCCCAGAGGAGAUCCGCAAGACCUUCAACAUCCAGAAUGACUUCACUCCCGAGGAGGAGGACCAGAUCCGCCGCGAGAAUGAGUGGGCUGAGGAUCGUUAA